CAGAGUCGAAUGGCGGUGCAUGGGAGACCAAAAUCAGCCAUGUGGAUCCUUGCGGAAUUUUGAACGCCUUCGCUGCUAAAGUUCAGGCGAUUUUUGGUGAAAAUGUAGCACCCAUUUCAGACCAGUAACGCGAUGGACACUGACCAGGUUAAGUACUUCAAGCAUCAGGACGGCGAGUACGUCCCAGCUGCCAGGGACCUACUUGGGAGGCAAAAGUCGCCCAAGGAUUGGUAUGGAAUUGUGUUCAAAGUAAUGCGUGUAAUAGUGUUGUUCAUUCCAACGUUGCUCGGUGAGCUGUUCCGACUGUUCCUGGGAACGAGGCGCAAAUCGAUCCGGGGGCAGCUGGCAUUAGUGACCGGCGGUGGUAAUGGACUUGGACGGUCGCUGUGUCUGCGGUUGGCUAGGGAGGGUUGCCAGGUGGCCGUUGCCGAUAUUGAUUUGAUCGCAGCUCAGAGAACGGCCCAGGAGGUGCGCGAUCUUGGAGUUCGAGCGGAACCGUUCCUGGUGGACGUUGGGGAUCAAAAGUCUGUUGAACAGCUGAAGUCCGACGUGGAAGCCAAACUGGGACCCGUUGACAUUCUGGUCAACAAUGCCGGAUUGCUCGCGAUGCUUUCGCUGUCUGAGGGAACGCCCGAGGAUGUCCAGCGGAUCAUUAACGUCAAUCUAGCGUCGCACUUCUGGGCGAUCCGUGCCUUCAAGAACGGCAUGAUGGAGCGUCGCCGUGGCCACAUUGUGGCAGUAUCGUCUACGUUCGGUAUCGUAGCCUUUGGCCGCACCGUCUGCUACAGCGCCACCAAGUUCGGCGUUCGCGGGCUGAUGGAGGCGCUCAACGAGGAGUUCUACAUGAACGGGUACGGGAACGAGAUCUUUGUUACCUGCGUCUACCCGGGCUUUGUGGCCACCCGGCAGGAGUUCCUAGACUAUUUGCACCAGCUGGGAUGUCGCGUCCCAAUUCAAACGCCGGACGAGGUUGCUGAUUUGGCGAUCGAUGGGGUGUUGAAGAACCGCUGCGAAGUGAUCGCGUCCCCGCUGUACAUGCAGCUAAUGCUCAAGCUGUACUCGUUAAUGCCGAAUGGCAUCAAUCGACUGGUGAUGGACAUCUUUGUAGAUAACGUGCCACGUUUGGGCUAUAGGAAAUCUUUGCUAAACGGUGAAUCGUAAAGUGGCAGUACCAUGUUUUGGCAUUUAUUAUCACUUUAACCUGAGUUGUAAAUGUACUAAAUAAGUUGUGACGUGAAUAUUUUUUGUAAUUCUUAGAUACAGUAUCAUAAAUCACCCAAUCAAGUUUAAUAUAGAAUCAGGCGUUUAGUUGCAAAAAAAAAGU